AUGGAGAUCAAAGACCUCAAAGAGCUUAAAUGGCCUCCCAGGUUGCGGUCAUUACCUGAAAACAGAGACAAAACCAAGUACUGUGACUUUCACGGUGAUCAUGGGCAUACCACUGAGAGCUGUUUGGCUCUGAAGCAACAAAUUGAGGCUUUCAUUAAGAGGGGUUUUUUAGACUCUUACACUAGCCAUGGAAAACGCCCGAGGAACAAGCAGAACAAUGUACAAGAAGGACGAGGUAGUGAACCACCAAUGGCAGGCAUUAUUAACGUUAUUGUCGGAGGAACAACUUCGAAUGGAGACACUAACAGUGGACAUAAGCAAUAUGCUAGACAGCUCCCUAGCUCCUCCAAUACAGAUAUUGCUCAUACGAAAGACAUCACCUUCGGGUCGAAGGAUUUGGAAGGAAUCUCCUUCCUCCAUGAUGAUGCCCUAGUCAUAUCAGCUUUCAUAGCUAACUUCAAGGUCAAGAGGAUUCUUGUGGAUAACGGAAGUGCAGCUAAUGUGCUAUCUCAUAAAGCUUUUGUUUAG